UUCAUUUCUUUCAACUAUAUUUCAUGUGUUUUCACAAGACUGGAGCUUUUAUUGUGAAAUAUAGAUGUGACGCCGGAAGCGGAUGUGCCACACGGAUUCUUUUCCCCGACGCACACCAAGAGGGACGGUGAAUGUUGCUCGAACACGGAAGAAUUUAACAUCGAACUAACUUUGAUAAAUGAAGUUUGGUUUAUAAUUUACAAUGUGUCACGCGCUCAACGACACCGCGGGUUGAAGUCUGGCUCUGGAGAAGAUGGAGGCGCGGUUCGGAGGCGAAGUGGCCUCGAUCGUGGAGGUGUCCAUCCAGGCGGCGGUGACCGUGUUCAGGGAUGUUUGGGAGAAAGAGGCGCCAAUCACGGAGCUCCAGGAGGCGAAGCUCGGCGAGAUCCGGGAGAUAGAGUCGUGUCUGGUGGCCCAGGUCCGCCAGGCGUUCUCCCGCUUCUCCUCCGAGCUGUCCGAGGAGAACGAGGCUCUGCGGGCCAAGGUGGAGCAGCUGGAGGACGUGCUGCAGAGGAAAGCCGGGCAGCUGGAGCAGGAGCUGGAGGCCCGGGUGGGGCAGCUGAGCCGGGAGAUGGAGCAGCUGGAGGAGGAGCUGCGGAGCUUCAGACACCAGGCGCAGGGAGGAGCGGGUCCCAGCCCGCUGCCGGACGGACCAGUGACGGGUUCAGCAGACAGCGAGGUAGCUGCCAGCUCCACGGCUGCUCCUACACCUGCAGUCGCCUCCAUAGUGGUACUGGGCAGGGUCUGCUCUGCUCCCACUGUGCUGCUGGUGGGUGCCGACCACGUCGUAACACAGGCCUCCAUGCCAUCGCUGGCUGUCUGCCAAACAACAGGGACGACGCAAGUCCUCAACAAACCAGCAGGAUCGCCAGAGUCUAUGCAUCAAGAGGUCCCCAGUCCAAACUCCAGCAGCGUCAGUGAUCACGCCUCAGCCGUGGAGAAGAAGUCUGUGGAAGAGGCUCCAUCAGGGAGGCCGAGGAGGACCAGGAGAGCCACUUAUAAAAUUGAACAAGUUUCCACUGACAGCAGCUCUGCAGAGAAGAAAAUCAGACCAGCCGGAAAAAAAGAGUUACAGACAGAGAAGCGUUUUUUCUGCGAACACUGUGAUGUUGGUUUCCAUUUCAAAUGUGACCUGAACAAACACAUGAAGGUUCACAAAAAGCCGUUUGCUUGUGACCAGUGCGACAGAAGCUUCCUGAUGAAGAAGUCUCUGGAGAAUCACACUCUGCGUCAUGAGGUGGGUAAAGUCCCGCGGCCCUUCCCCUGUGCACAGUGUAAACGAUCGUUCCGAAAAGAGCAGUCGCUCCAGAAUCACCUCAAGACUCACCAGAGGAUGAAACCUCCAAAGCCCUUUGUCUGCGAUCAGUGCGGAAAAACCUUCCGACUCAAACAGUCUCUGGAGAACCACCUCUUACGGCACGAGAAGUGGAAGCAGAUGCUGAAGUGUCAGCUUUGCGACAAGACUUGCAAGACUUCGGUCCAGCUGAAAUGUCACAUGGCCGUGCACUCGGAGGAGAGACCGUUCAGCUGUGAAAAGUGUGGGAAGGAGUUUAAGAGCAAAGACACUCUUCGCUUCCAUCAGGUGGUUCACACAAACACCAAGAAUUACAAGUGCACAAUGUGUGAGGAGACUUUCAAAUACGCCCAUUCGCUGACGGUGCAUAAGAGGAAGCACACCGGCAUCACGCCGUUCACAUGCACGGUGUGCAACAGGUCCUACAGGACGGGCACUGCUCUGAAGAGACACGGCAUCGUCCACACUGGGGAGAAACCGUUCACAUGUCACAUAUGUGGAGCGAGUUUCAGCCUGAACAACAAUCUGAAGAGGCACCUUCGCAUUCACACGGGAGAGAAGCCAUUCACCUGCAAGGAGUGUGGCAAGAGCUUCUCGGACAACAACAAGCUGAAGUCCCACAUGCUCAUCCACGGAGCCAGGAAGCCGUUCAUGUGUGAUCUGUGUGGGAAGACCUUCCUCUUCAACUGCAGGCUGCUGAUGCAUCAGAGGUACGUGCACUUCGACCGGAGUGAGGAGGCCGACGGCACACAGAGACCUCUGCAGACAAAACGGCGAAACAAGUCUCUGGUCAAACCAUUCAGCUGCAAAAUAUGUCUGAGAGGUUUCUGCACCACGUAUUCCCUCAAACUUCACGAACGAGGCCACAGUGAGCACAAGGAGUACCAGUGCGGCCUCUGUGGGAAGGCUUUCCACAACAAAUACUCUUUCGGCUAUCACCAGAGAAGCCACGCUGGAGAGAAGCCCUUUGUUUGUGAUGUGUGUGGGAAGAGAUUUUUCCAUACUGCUAGUCUGAAGCAGCACGAGAGGAUUCACACAGGUGAAAAACCAUACAAAUGUGACCAGUGCGGCAAGGCAUUCAGAACGGACGGAAACUUCUACAGGCACUUACGGAUCCACACGGGCGAGAAGCCAUUUGAAUGUGUGCACUGCCAGAAAAAGUUCCAUCAGUCAAAUCAGCUGAAGUCCCACCUGCAGAUCCACACCGGGCAGAAGCUGUACUCGUGCCAGCAGUGUGGUCAGGGCUUCUCCGACUCCAGGCAGCUGAAGAAGCACAGCUGUGACGGGUCCUGUCACGGUGUGAUGACCACCAGUACGCUCGGCUGAUGGGAAAUCAUGUGUUCACUAGAGCCUGACCGAUAUGGAUUAUUUGAGGAGCUGAUAUUAGGGGGGGAAAACAUUCUUGUCCCAAUAUAUUGGUCGAUAUGUAUCUUAAAAUAAAGUGUCACUCAGUAGAGUGUAUAUGUCUGCCAAGGCCAAACAGUCCCCUUAUAUCAAACUGCACCAUACACUCAGAUAUAUCAGUCUUGUGCCUCAUCAUGAUUUUCACCAAGAUCCAUUAAAUGAUUUACUUUAAAAUGCCAUAGCUCACAAUGUUAGAGAAAGACAAACAAAUCCCGGCUCUGUCUGCUGAUCCAGAUCCACACUCAAUUUGUGUGGGUUUCCUGUGUGAGUUGUGACCCAGCACCUCACAAAGGUUUGUGUAACCAACAGAAGACAUUACCUACUCCUACGAUGUCCUUAUCAAACCCCUUUGCACUCAGAAUAAGGAAUUUAAUGGAGGUUAAUUAAACAAAUACAACUUCAUUUAGAGAAAUUAGUUUUUUGGAAGGCUCUUGUUGGUCAGGCCCUGUGUUAACGGGACAAACUCCUAAAUGAAGUGGCAAAGCAGGAAAGUAUUCCCUGCAUUAGAUCAUAUUACUCAACUGAACUCAUUGACUGAAUAACGUGGCUUCAUCUUCAUAAUCUGAUGUUGAGACUGGGUGCAGUUUUAUUAUUGAAAUGAAACUAAUUCGUUCUGGUUUUGGCAAUAUGUUAAGAUGUUUAAGUUAUUAAGUAGAAAUACUUGCUUAUAAUAGUUGUGGGCUCGGGUAACUCCCACUUGUUACGCUUGUUAUAUUAGAUUUAAGGGUUAAACAGUAGUAUUUAAUACAGCAUAUGAUAGUGGCAGCUCUACUCUCAUCCAGAGCCUUAACAGUAGAGGUGAGCACCGUUGUUUGUGGCAUUUAUUAGUUUUUUCUUUCUGCUUCAGUUUUAACAUUUGAAGGACACUGUGGCCAUUUAACAUCUCAAAGUUUCCCAUGUACAUAUUGUGAGGAUGAUCAAUUCCAGCUGUCUCACUUAGGAACUGUUUUUCAUUAAUUUAUAUAUUGAGUUCACAAUAAUCCAGCAUGAUGUAAUUCUUUUCUGAGUGACAGGUGUGUAUAGUUGGAGGUACUCCUGCGAUCUGUUUCCUGUCUCUCGUUCCUUACUGCAAUAAAAACAUGUUUGUGAAUGAG